AUGCCAGCCGACAUAACCACCAAUACCCGCGAUGUUCGAAAUCUCGUCAAUGGAGAUGUCAAUGGGGAUCAAACCGGAGGAGAUAAAGUCGCGGGGAACAAGCUGCUUCUGACAGGCUCUGACGAAGAACUCUCCGAGGAUCUCGAGAAAAUCUGUCAAUUGGUUUCAAGUAUGAGCUUGAAAGGCCUGCAAACAAAGGUCGCAGCACAUCAAGGUUUCUCCGUACUGGAAGCCCGUCAGCUACGACAUGGCUUAGAAAGAUUCCAUACAUUGCAUUAUACCGGGACCCUCGACACGAGCAAAAGUGUGUGUGAAAUGCGCUUCUCUGAUCUACUGCCACACAUUGUCACACCGUCUUCGGCCGAUCCCCAAGCGACCCUUCGUUAUAAUACUUUGAUGCAAAACAUUCGACGGCGAAAGGGAGGAAUUGUCGCAGAUCCCUUUCUAAGUUCUCGACUGGUACAGCGCUGGGCCGUAGACCCUUGUUUAUCUCUGGCCUGUAUUCAAGGCUCCUUUACAACGCGGCACAUACUGAGAGACUUCGCCUCAGGCAUGAUCAAUCUGCUUGCGAAGCAGAAAAUCCAUGUUGUGUGGAUUCUGCCUUCCAAUACCAGUGACUCCAAGAAGUACGGACCAAUUGAUAUUGUGAAGCAACUUGUAUCCCAGAUUCUUCACCAGAACCCUGCCAUGCUCAAUGAGCGCUGUGCUUCUCUGAAUGCAGCCAGGUCUCGAGAGGCAUAUAGUUUGGAUAAUUGGUUCGACAUACUAGGCUCCGUUCUAGUGGGUGUCAACCGUAUUUAUAUCGUUGUUGAUCUUGAAGUUCUAGGCGGCAAUGAUCAUAAAUGGUCAGAUAGAUUUAUCAGACUAUUUGAUGAACUGCAAAGACGACAAGUUCCGACUGUCGUGAAACCAAUUUUACUGAGCUGUCGCAAGCCUGCAUUCACGGGAUUACGGGGUGGUUAUGACAUUUCUAUUGAUGUUAGCUCAGCUAGGGUCAUGGAGAGAUUACAGUCACGUUGUACGCGGAAGUCAAGGUGA